AGUAAUAAUUUUGCAAAGGUACAGAAUCCAGAGCACAGAGAGAUAACAAUGGCUGUUCUUUCCCUCCCAACUGUCCGCUCGUUCAUCAGGUGUGAAUCAAGUCCCAUGAAGAACAACGGAGUAGGUGAUAAGGUGAAGAUGCAUCCAACAGAAGUUGGGUUCUGCAGGAGGGAUUUGUUUCUCUUUGGUCUUUCUUCUUCAUUGUCAACAGUUUUCUCGUAUUCAGGUUGUCUUGCAGAACAAGACCUAAAAUCAGCCUCAUUAGUUGACGAAAUAAAUGCUUAUACCUAUUCAUAUCCAGUAGAGUUGCCUUCUAAGAAGUUCCUCUUCAAAUGGGUGGAAUCUAGGAAGCCAGAACGCUAUUCAUCUGCUGCACCACUGUCUCCUGAUGCACGGCUUCGCAUUGUGUCUGAACGUGUUGACCUUAUUGAUAAUCUCAUCAUUUCUGUUUCGAUAGGUCCUCCUAAUAAUCAGUUUUUAAAAUCAAAAGAAAAGAAGACAUGGCAAGCAAAAGAUGUUGCUGAUUCUGUUUUAGCUGACAAGUCUGCACUGCGAGUCACCUCAAGUCAACGCAUGUCUGAAAGUUCACUUCUUGAUGCUCAUGCUAGUGAAAUCGAUGGUGAGCUAUAUUGGUAUUACGAAUACCUUGUUCGCAAGUCACCAACUAAAACUGCUCAAGGACAAAACCUUUUCCGACACUAUGUUGCUUCAACAGCUGAACGAGAAGGUUAUCUGUACUCUCUAAGUGCUUCCACACUCGGCCAACAGUGGAGUGAGAUGGGGCCUUUAUUAGAAAAGACUGUGGCCUCCUUCCGCCUCCUUCCUCCCACAGAUACUUAUGUUCCUCCAUACAAGGAUCCUUGGAGAUUUUGGUGACAACCACUUUUAUCAUCUUUCUUAUAUUAUUUUUUUCCUCGAGGUGGUCAAUUUUGUACUCCCAUCAAAGGUCGCAUAGUGAUUACUUUUAGGGGGAAAAAAAAAAAAAAGGUAAUGGAACAACCCUUUUUUUUUUUUUAAUGUGACAGGGAGACCUAAUUGAUGUUUAUCAUUAUGUUUAUUUAUAAUUAUUAAGAAAUUCAUUUAUUAACA